GCUUCGAUCCUGGUGUGAUACUGACACUCCGUGACCCACAUUCAGACAACCAUGGAGACAGAGCCAUCGAGGGACAGGGACUAUUCUUUCGCCCGCCUGUGUGACAUCAAGUCCCCGGUCACCCUUAAGAUAACGUCCCUAGAAGGAAAGCUACCACAAUCAAGCCAUAUCGAAGCUUUGAAUCAUGCAGGGGUCAUCAGAUCCAAGGCCAAUACGCCCAUCCCAGAUCUGUACAUCACCUGUAUGCUGUGGACCGGAGAGGCGCAGCAUACAUUACCGUUCCGAACAGGAUGGAAAGAUCUGUCAAGAGGAACCAAAUGGAAUCAGACGAUAAUUUUACCCGUCCAAUACCCUUCCCUCCUCCUCGAGUCGUCCGUAACAUUCACAAUAUGGGAUGUUCAAGAGUCUGGCAGAUGCACUGCUAUUGGAGGAACAAAGAUGGCGCUCUUUGACCAUCACAGAACACUCAAACGAGGUCAACAACGGCUGUAUAUACAUCGGGGAGUGGAAGCGGACCCGAGGCCAAAUUCUACGACUCCGAGCGAGGUACUGAAUAGAGAGGACGAUGAGAUGGGAAGGCUGGAAUCUUUGAUAAAAGAGUUUGAUCGGGGCGAUAUCAACAAGGUGGAGUGGCUAGACCGUCUUGCUUUUAGAAAGUUAGAAAAAGCUCAUCUUAGGGAAGCUUCCAAAUCAAAAGACAUGUAUCUCUACGUGGACCUUCCGAAGUUCGACUUUCCUGUUGUCUACUCGGAACAGGAGUCACUCCUCUCGGUCCCGCCUGCUCCUGUCGCUCAUCUUUUUCCAACGAUCCCACCUGUCCUGGCGCUUCCGCCGAAUUUCCUCUCGAGCGACCGCCAUCUAUGGAGGGCGUAUGACCCGGACGCAUGGAGAGACAACCCUGUAGAGAUCAAGCACCGAAAGCUGCUACGAAGUCAGCGGUUGGGUGAUGCAGGAAAGGAUUUGAAACCCGGACCUUCGGACAGGGAUCGCUUGAACGACAUAUUUCGCCUACCUCCUACCGCCUCGCUGUCCGCUUUCGACAAGGAUCUUCUGUGGAAAUUUAGAUUUUCGCUGUUCCGUUCGCCUCGCUCGCUGACAAAGUUCCUAAAAUGCGUCACCUGGUCUGAUCCGGUCGAAACGAAGCAGGCUGUCGAAAAGUUGCUUCCUUUGUGGGGCCAAGAUGUAGGAAUCGAUGACGCACUGGAACUUCUGGGGCCAGAGUUCAUGCACAAAAAAGUGAGGGCUUUUGCAGUGAAACGCUUGGAAAGGGCGGAUGACGAGGAACUCUUGUUGUACCUUCUCCAACUGGUACAAGCUCUCAAAUUCGAGCACAAAUACUUCCUCUCGUCUCAACGUCCUCAUAAACCACGCGCACAUCAACUGAAACGGCAACUGUCACAAGACGAGGCUAGCGACAGCGGCUUGUCUCAAUUUUUGAUUGACAGAAGUGUAUCCAACCCGAUUUUGAGUACCCGUUUUCACUGGUAUCUCAUGAUUGAGUGUGACAGUCGAGUUCCUGCGGGAAGGAUGUAUGCAAAAAUCGCCCAUGAUUUCAUGAAUAAACUCUCUCAAAGCCCCGAAGGAACGGCCCAGAGGGAGGUACUCCGACGUCAAGGUGUAUUGGUGCAGACCCUAUCAACACGUGCUAGGGAAGUCCGUCUUUCGAAGGAUCCUCGACAGAAAAAGAUUGAGAAGCUCAAAGCUUAUCUGUCAGAUCCGAAGAACGGUCUCUCUUCUUUCGCCGAGCCCUUGACCUUACCCCUCAAUGCUCGGGUUUCCGUUACUUCUGUGGUGGCCGAGAAGUCGAGCAUAUUCAAAUCCAACCUUUUGCCGCUUCUGAUAUGGUUCGAAACAGCCGAGCCAAACAGAGCUGCAGAAGACGACAGUGAAGGGAUCGUUAACAUCUCGCCUGACUAUCCUGUCAUAUUCAAAAAUGGUGACGACUUGCGUCAAGAUCAGCUCGUAAUCCAACUGUUCACUCUCAUGGAUCGUCUACUACGCAAGGAAAACCUCGACCUGCGCCUGAGCCCCUAUAGUGUUCUGGCAACAUCCACCUCGGAGGGACUCAUACAGUUUGUUCCCAGCAAAAGUGUCGCGUCUAUCAUGGCGGAACAUGGGAACUUGCAGAAUUAUUUGAAGCUGGAGCACUCCGACGAUGCAGCCCUGGGAUCGUAUGGCAUAGAGGCAGGGGUAAUGGAUACGUUUGUAAGAAGCUGCGCUGGCUACUCAGUUCUCACGUAUGUCCUGGGGGUUGGAGACCGUCAUCUCGACAAUCUAAUGCUAGCGCCCGAUGGACAUUUCUUUCACGGUACGUCAUGGGGGAAUCAUAGUAUUCGAGACAUGCUGAGACCCUCUGUAGUUGAUUUCGGUUACAUCUUGGGACGAGACCCAAAGCCGUACCCACCACCUGUGAAGGUGUGCAAGGAAAUGGUCGAUGCAAUGGGCGGUACCGGAUCAGCUCAUUACUCCAGAUUCCAGAGCUUGUGUUAUACUGCUUUCACUGGAUUGCGGAAGAAUGCCAACCUGAUACUGAAUCUUGUGGCGUUGAUGGUGGAUGCUGGUAUACAAGAUAUCCAGCUCGAGCCUGACAAGGCAGUAUGGAAAGUGCAGGAAAAGUUCAUGCUCGAUCUUUCCGAGGAAGAUGCCAUCAAGCAAUUUGAGGUCUUGUUGAAUGACACCUCGUAUUUGACUGUUGUUUUUGACAGGAUCCAUGACUGGGCGCAGUACCUACGCGAUUAGGUGAAUGAGGCAAGGUCAGGGAACGGCGUUCAAGCUCUGGAUUGCCGGGCAAAAGCGUGCUCGCGUCACGCGUGUCUUGUCACUACAACCGUGAGGUUGGGAGCGGUGUUAUAUAUUGAAUAUCAUUAUUAUCAUCAUUUGAAGCGUUAGCUAUAUCUAUGGAGAAGUAAGGCAGUGAUAAAUCUUCCGAGUUCAAAAGCCAGCAGAGCCGUCAGCUGGCCGUCAGUCAUCGUCGUCAUCACCGGCCAUGGUGCGGCGGGUGCCGGCUGUUUUGGACCGUCGGCGUUUUCGUCACGACUUUUCUGGGGAAAUUUGGGCUCCUCGUUGGUCGCAGGAGAAAAGAGCAGGACUCGGGCUGGAUGCAUGAACUGUGUACUCUGUAG